AUGACUCUCCGACCCACCACCGCCGCCGCCCUGCGGCCGAUUUCACCGUCCACACGGCGGAGACGCCUCCUUCCGUCCUUCCUCCUCGCCGCCCUCCUUCUCUCCCUACUCUCCUCCUCCCAAAUCCCCCUCGCCUCCGCCCAGGAGUCCCAAAUCGACCUUCCCAAAAUCGAGGCAGCCGCCGCCGCCCUCGCCUUCGAAAACCCCAGCCUCCGGCGGGCCUACGUCGCCCUCCAGGCGUGGAAGCUCGCCAUCUUCUCCGACCCGCUCAAUUUCACCUCCAACUGGACCGGCCCCGACGUCUGCUCAUACGGCGGCGUCUUCUGCGCCCCGUCCCCCGCCAACGCCUCCGCCCGGGUAGUCGCCGGCAUCGACCUCAACCACGGCGACAUCGCCGGGUACCUCCCGGAGGAGGUCGGACUUCUCACCGACCUCGCCCUCCUCCACAUUAACUCCAACAGGUUCUGCGGAUUGGUCCCCAAAACCUUCGAAAAAUUGAAACUCCUCUUCGAAUUAGAUCUGAGCAACAACCGAUUUGUUGGGGGUUUCCCCAAAAUCGUCCUCUCCAUGCCGUCGCUGAAGUUCCUUGACCUGAGGUUCAACGAUUUCGAGGGCGGCGUGCCGAGCGAGUUGUUCGACAAGAAACUCGACGCUCUCUUUCUGAACGACAACCGGUUCCGGUUUGGGAUACCGGAGAAUCUCGGGAACUCGCCGGUUUCGGUUUUAGUCCUGGCGAAUAACAAUCUCGGCGGGUGCAUUCCUUCGAGCGUGGGGAAGAUGGGGAGGACUCUGAACGAGCUGAUUCUGAUGAACGACAAUCUGACCGGGUGCCUGCCAGCAUCGUUCGGGAAGCUCGACCAACUGACCGUGCUCGACUUGAGCUCCAAUGGGUUGCAGGGCCCACUGCCGGUGGAAAUCGGGCAGAUGAGGAGCCUGGAACAGCUGAACGUGGCGCGGAACAAGCUGACUGGGCAGGUUACGGCUGGCGUGUGCGGGCUGCCCAGGCUGCAGAACUUCACGUAUUCGUUCAAUUAUUUCACGGGGGAGGAUGCCCAGUGCGGAAGGUUCGGUGGGGGCAGCGGGCGGGAGAAUUGUAUCCCGAACAGGGCGGAUCAAAGGACGCCGGGCGAGUGCUCGUCGCUCGACGCCAAGCCGUUUGACUGCCGGAAGUCAAAGUGUGGCGGAGGGUUCACGCCGGUCAAUCCUUCUCAAUCGCCACCGCCGCCUUCGACGAAGAGUUCACCCACCGUUAGGUCACAUUCACCGCCUCCGCCGCAACCACCGGGAACCAAAUCUCCCCAGCCGCCUCCGCCACCACCUCCGCCUACACACAAAGUAUCUCCGGGAAGUCAUCUUCCACCUCAUCCACCAACUCACAAGGUCUCUCCGGGAAGUCGUCUUCCACCACCACCUCCUCCACUGCCGCCACCUCCACCGCCUCCAAUGGAACAUCACUACUCUCCGCCACCGCCUCAAUCCAAGUCUUCCCCUACGACACAUCAUAAAUCCCCACCUCCUUUGCCAUCGUCUCCACCUCCACAAUCUCCACCGCCGCCACCUAAGACCGAAGAAUAUCACUAUUCUCCACCACCACCACCCGAACACAAAUCCUCCCCCACCACACAAUACAAAUCUCCUCCUCCACUACCACCACCACCAUAUGUAUACUCAUUACCUCCUCCACCAUCACCUUCACCUCCACCAUAUGUAUACUCAUCACCUCCUCCACCAUCACCUUCACCUCCGCCGCCCUACGUCUACUCAUCACCACCACCUCCUUCACCAUCUCCACCGCCACCACCACUGCCACCGCCACCGCCACCGUAUAUCUACUCAUCACCGCCACCUCCUUCACCACACAUACACUCAUCACCGCCACCACCAUCUCCACCACCGCUGUUGGUUUACUCAUCACCGCCACCACCACCUUCACCAUCCCCACUGCCACCAUAUGUCUACUCAUCACCACCACCUCCUUCAUCAUCACCACCACAAUACGUACACUCAUCACCGCCACCACCACCACCUUCACCAUCACCACCGCCACCAUAUGUAUACUCAUCACCACCGCCUCCGUCACCGCCACCAUACGUACACUCAUCACCGCCACCACCAUCACCACCACCACCACCAUAUGUCUACUCAUCACCUCCACAUCCUUCACCGGCACAGUCACCAUAUGUACACUCAUCAUCGCCACCACCACCACCUUCACCAUCACCACCGCCACCAUAUGUCAACUCAUCACCGCCACCUCCCAAGUGCUCGCCGCCACCACCACCGCCACACAAACACACAUCAAACCCACCACCACACGAACACAUACCGCUACCUCCAAUAAUGGGUGUGCCCUACGCAUCCCCACCGCCUCCCCUCAUUCCAUACUACUGA